CUGGGAGGACGAGAGAGGAUUUUCUGAUGGUUACAGGCGCUCAUUUUAACCCCGACCUUCCAGCACACAAAGAGCCGCUUGAUUCUCCUCGUCGCAUUGUUGUGCAGACGACAACACUGUGCUCGGUUCUAACAUGGCGUGUAUGUGUGUUUUUUCUCUCGCUGACAGCUCGGCGUCGAGAAAUGUUGAGUGAUUUGUUUUUGAUGGAAGACAAGUCAGUUUAUUAGGAGACCUGUGUACCGCAGCCAGUAGAUCAAGGCAGUGUCUGGUAUUGGAUUCUGUCAAUCUGUCACUGCAAGUCAAACUGUCCGCCAUGUUGGUCUGUGUUCGAACACUUUUUAACAGUAGUAAAUAACGGAAUUCCGUGUAAGACAUUCAAGUGAGUCUACGAAUUCAAACAUCUUCAGCGCAUCUACUUGUGACUAAGGGUUAACACGAAUAGAAACGAAUAUCUGGAGAAAAAAACUUUUAUUUUACAUCGACACACACGGAAAGAAGAAAUAUCGUCUGGUAAAAUUCUAUCAUCUGCCAAAACAAAUUGUUGUCUACUGAAAAAAAGUGUUUACUACAAUUCCAAUUUUGAUUGAGCUCCAAUGACGUUCCCAGACCAAUAAUCUGACAGAAAUUCCAGUUAAAACUCAAGAAGAAAAUUCUCGUGUUAAUGUUUUUUGAUCGUCUGCUGAAGCGAGAUCGUGUCGUCUGCUUCGAGUUGUUAGCCACGCCAGCUGGUUUGUUUGCUUUGAUUGACAUUCCAGAAGUACCUGGUGUUGUCAGCGGUUCACUGAAGACUGCGCUCAGACGCACUGGUAUGUCCCUAGUACUGGUGGGACAGUAGCCCGUGAAGACCGCGCUCAAACCGACUGGUAUUUCCCAGUACCGGUGGGGAGAUGGCAUGUGAUGACAGGGGCUGUCAAAGCUAUCAUAGAUCAGCGGGCAAACUCGCCACCUAUUAAAACAGAUACGGUUGUUCAAGGAAAACCAAGUGUGAAUUCAGAGUUUCAUACUGGAAAAAAAAGUGUAGAUCCAAACAACAGCUGAGUGUUAAUCAUUUGAUACUGGAAGAAGUCAAUCACAGGCCAUACAGAAACAAACACGGUUAUACAGAGAAGAACAACAGUGCGAAUUAGAAAUUUUAUACUUGAUACAUUUCAGAGUGUGGAAUAAGAUUCGUCUUCAGGAUUAAUAUUGUUAGAGCCGAAUCACCUCCAGUGUUAGGCAUUGUGAUUUUAUUAUAAAGUAACUAAGCAUUACGCGAAGUGGAUGUUUGUAAUUGUGGACAACAUUCAGAGAUAGAGAACAGACACGUGUUAUAAGAACUAUAGUACAGGACAAGUUCACCGACCUUAUAACACUUGGAUUUACGUUGGUGGAGUUGCAUACUCACCUUAAUGAAAGAGAAUAUAUUUUUCUAAACGCUAAAAUUGAAAACAAAGUCUAGAGACAAAAACAUUUUUUGUGACCCGCAGCUUGUGGAUACUAACACAGUUCACUAACGUUAUAAAAAGUAAAUAUAGAGUGUAGUGUGAUCCGUAACUUGGCAGACCACUUCACGGACACCGGUAGCUAUCUCCAGAAUCAAGGUGAAGCUACUCAUCUCAAUUCUCUUUUUCUUCGGGACAACAUCGUCUGUGUUCCAACAGUUGCUGAAUAAAAGUCAUCGGGUUUUUGUCGUCCAAGGCCAGGGUACUGACUAUUGAUUGUAUACAUUAUUGAUCAGCCAACUCGCGCAUGUCCUGUAAGCAAUUACAGUAUGUAAAAAUAACCCGCUCGUAUAUUCUUCCUUCUGUUGGCGCGCACCCCGCGUACGGUGAUAAAUCACGUACUAGAAUAACGUACAGAAGGCUGAGUGAACAGUUGACUGAUUCCUUGAUUCCUGUGUCGAGUAUACGGGCACACCGCGAUACGACAGAGUUCUAACUGCACGGAUUUACAACAGGCAAUAGGAUUCGCCAAUACGCUUUAGAUUUAGCAGUGUACUCGAGGCACGAUCUCUUUAUACAGCUACCGUGAGGCCGAGGACUACAAACACCUCUCUGACAGAGGUUCACGGACACGGUAGACAAGAGUCGUUUAAGGGGUCUAAAGGACUGGUGUACUAAACUAAGCUGGACCUUUCUUGUUGCAGGAAUCACGUCUAGAAGAAGACAUUCAGUUUUUAUUAUCAGUGACAGUGUUGGAAAGUUCACCUGUAGUUCGGAUAUUAGGCGUGUAACAGAUUGGAUAUAGGUGUCAAUUAUUUGUCACAUUUGACGGAGGGAGACGUGAAACACUCGCAGGGUCCAGGAUACACCCAGGUCACCAUUCGCUGUUCUGUGUGUACAGACCUAAAACUAAAGUUGUGUCAUCCCUGCAAAACAAAACAAAUAUCUAAUACAUGUGUGGAAAAUGAAUACAGCACUGUGUGAAUCAUUGAACAGUUUACAAUAGACACCAGUCAUCUGGCGCUGUUUUAAUAUUUACUACAAAACCAGAUCGACCAAAUACUGUCCAGUGAAGAAUCACCUACAAAAGAAAGCCUUGAUCCAGUCAACGCAUGAAGUGUUGAGAAAUUCGGUGAUCAGAUUACAGUACUAUCGUGUCAUUCAUUAACACCCCAACCCACAACCAAGUGUACUUGGAAACAUAACCUGUAGACCAAACUUGACGCUCAGCCAGUGGCGGAUUACAAAAUCAACACAGGGAUUUUAAUACAUGUUUGUUGAGGUGUGUGUUCAUUCAUCCAUUCUUGUUUUGAAAAACAGCCAACGUCGUCUGCUUCUAUUGUUGUAGUUCGUCUGAUACCGCCGACCGCCAUCUUGAUUAACUGUUGUUCCAGGCUGGUUAUUGAUUGUGCGUCGUGUCCGUCUCCAUAAGCCGCUUUACAAGCGUCAGAUGUAAACAUGGCGGCCAGUUGUUCGCUUGUUUCCCACACUGGGGCAAUGUUCGUGGAGUGUUUGUGGAAGAGACUCCUCCUGCUGUGUGUGUUGCUCGUGCUGACCAGUGAAGCCACGGUGGAGACCGUCUCCGACCAGCCGAAGCCCGUGUGUACCGUUAAAGGCCGGGUAUACACGGAACUCAAGUGGUACGGGUACCUCGUGCAGAAGCCUCUGAUGCGGAAAUGGGCGAAGAUCCAGUACCAGAUCACAUACCCGGUGAGCGAGUGCUGCACCGACCUCCUCAUCUACUACGACGACCAGAUCCGCGAGUUGAAGGAGGCGAUGACGUGCCAGGAGCGCGUCAACAUCCUGCCGGCCAACAACCACCAGGUGAUCCCGCUCUAUAAGAACAACCGCACCGUGGGCUGCAACGUGUGGAACGAGACCGGGGAGCCGUACUACGUGUGUCUCGGCGAGAGGGUGUUCCGCUCCAGCGGGGUCAGGACCUGGUACUUCGCGCUCAGUAGGUGCGAUGCUCGCAAAUCACUCAACUUGAACUACGUUUUCAACAUUUCUGGUUACUAUGGCGACUGCGAAGCCGACCCAUUAUCCAAGGUACUGACGGCCCCCGCGCCCGUUUCGGAUCGGUUUUGGGUCGUGGCUGUUGCGCUGGGAGUUGUGGCCGGAAUAGCGCUCAUACUGGCGUCCGUCUUCCUGGCUCUGUGGCUCUUGAGUCGCAGACGAACAGGAAGUAAAGGUAGCUCUGUGACGUCAUCGCAGGCUACUAUGACGCAAGAUGACGUAUUCUACGUCAAUCCGUCGCUGUCUGACAGGGAACAGACCGACUACAGCCAGUCUAGUUCGGAAAAUUAUUACGAGGUGAUUCCGGAGAGAAGGAGCUACGAAAGUAUAAACGCUCACCUGACAGUUCCCGGGCACGGCCAUUCGUCGCGCCACGCCCACGCCACGUUGCUGAAGGAAAUGCGGCCAUUCGCCACGACGUUUGUGUUUGACGACUACCCACCCCCGCCGUACCAACCUCCCCGGGGCAUGCCCAAACACCACACUCUCCAACACCCACAACACGGACAGCACCAAUUGGUUCAUCCACAGGCACACGCGCAUGCGCACGCUCACAUGCACGCGCACGGGCCUCAUUCAUUACCUCUGCAGCAUCAACAUCCGCUUCAGCAGCGAGAGCGCCCUCUUCAGACUCAUACGGAAACUACUGCGUAAAAGGAGGGGGACAUUAUCGUGUAUUUAAAACAAAAAUCAAACAAUAGUAUUUGAAGACAAUAAUCAUAAUUAUCAGGAAUUUCAAUACAAACUGGUGAUUUCUAUUCACUGGUAUGUCUAAUAUUUAACAGUCAUGCUAUUUAACCACAUUUGCAUUUUUUAUACAUCGGAUUAGAAGUUGUAGAUACAGACUAUAUUGUUGUGAAAUGGAAUGACUGAGUGAAGGCAAACACUGCUGUGAGAAUGUGUUGCACGUACAGCACAUACCAGUGUCUUUUUUAUGUGCAGGGUAUCCUAGCGACACGUGUAUCGAUUAUAUGUUGUGACGUCAUUUUCUGGAAUGGAAAAUCCAUCCAUGGAUUGAGCACCACAACAUAACUGAACAAAGUCUGCCUAUGUGUGGCCAAUAACAAUGCUUCAUUGGCAUGUGUGUGUUGUGACGUAAUUUUCAUUGGACAGGUUGGUGGUGAAUUUCUCCAAAACAACCAAUAACACAUAAAUAUGGCAUCGGUGUGUUAUGGAAACAUGUUCAUUUCCGCUGUAGUUUUCAUUUAUAUGUCGUGACGUCAUUUUGAUGAACAAAGUGUGUUUUACAUUUCCUCAUGGAUUAAUAGACUGAGCACCACAGCACGAACUAUUGAUAGUUCCACAUAUAAACUCGACAUGUACCUCGGGAAUACUUCUCCAUUGGUAUCUGGUCAUAAGCUUUGACGUCAUUGUCAUUACGUGUGUAAUAAAUUGCUCCAUCACGCGAGUACCUAACAAUCAAAAAGACAACCGGCUCAGUGAAUUCACUGGAGCAACUUUACUUCUUUUCUGCCGUUUUUUUAAUGAUUUUUAUUUAUAUGUACUGACGUCUUAAACAUGGUUGUCGUAAAUUCCUCAAGAUGAACUGAGCACCAACUUUGCUCAAACGGAAUUGUGGUGACUUUUGAAAAGCGUGCACUGUUUUGAUAUGUUUUAUUUGAGGAUUUACUGUUUUCUUAUCAAUGUGGAAUAAAUAAGUAUUGUUUCCAUACCUUGAAAA